CGCUCGGUGUUGUCGUUGGGUAUGCCGCCGAAGAGCGUCAGUGUCGCGCACACGCCCGAGCGCAACCCGCCCGCGCGCAACGUGCGGCUCUAUCUUCGCCCGGUGCGCGGCGCCGCGGGCGGUGGCAUGCGUGCCGACGCGGGCGAGCACGACGGCGCCCGAGAGCCGCCGCUCAUGAGUCGGAGACUGUGGAAGGAGAUGCCGCUGUGGAUUCGGCUGCACCCGGAGCGUGGCCGGCUCAAAAAGUGCUGGAACGGCUGCCGCCUCAUCGACGACCGCCACGACGGUCGCCGGUACGGCGUCUGCCAGAACCGCGGCUGCGGGACGCAGCCUCGCGCCGGAGACCCGAUCCUCGGCUGCCGCGUGUGCCGGUGGUCGGUGUGCGCGACGUGCGCGGACCGGCCGCGCAUGCCCUCCCUCUGCGACGACCCGCUCUUCCACGGACCCGACGACCCUUGCUUGCUCCUGCAAGAGGGCCUCCUGCCGCUGGCCGUUCGCGACGCAUGCCUGCCAUGCGUGCCGCCGCUGGCACCGUCGGCCGCGCAGCGCUUCAUGGGGACUCCGCUGGCAGCUUCCGCCGCGGCGGCGGUGAUGGAGGCGGCGCCGGCGCUGGCGGGUGCGGGCGGCCAUGGCACGGUCAUCGUUUGCCCGGGGGGCAACUACGAGUUCCUCUCCUGCCUCGAGGGCUACCCGGUGACCGAGUGGCUCGCGCGGCACGGCCUGGCGGCGGCGGUCCUGCGGUACCGCCUCCUCCCCUCGCACGGCCUCGACGAAGCGCUCGAUGACCUCGAGGACGCGGUCACGCUCCUCCGCCGCCUCCGGCCCGGACCCGUCGUCGCGAUGGGCUUCUCGGCGGGCGGCCACCUGGAGCGGCGCCCCGGCACGCCGCAACCGCUCGACGGGCAGGCUGUGCUCGUGUAUCCGGGCAUCGACGGCCAGAGCUGGCAUCCGGACAAGGCCGACGAGGUCUGCUUCUUCAACCGCGGCGCGUGGUCGUGGCCUGACAAGGUACUCACGCUGCAAGCGCGGCAGGAGGCGCUGCUUGGCGGCGCCGGCUUUGCGGCGCCCCCGACCUACCUUGUCACCUCGACGGCCGACGACUGCAUCCCGCGCUCCGAGACGCAGCCUUACGUCAAGGCGCUCGCCGCCGCCGGCAUCCCGCACGUGCACUUGCGCAAGGACUUUGGAGACCACGGCUUUGCUCUCAACGGCGGCUGGACGACUCCCUGCGUCAAGCCCGCGAGCAAGGCCGGCCAGGUGGGCGCUAAGGCGCCGCCGCCUGCUGCCGCCGCCCCGCCGCCCACCGCGUGGUGA